UGAGAAAAACUGGAUCUUGAUCUGAAACUAAAAAAAGGAAACAGAAAAGGUCACAUCUUCACCUCUUUUGAUAGUUCUUGAUUCAACCUCUACAAAAACUACUUGUCACCCAUAAAACUCUUAAACCAUUUUUCCCUUUGCCUUUUUCACACAAUAUUGUUAAUGGGGUUCCAGUAUUAGAAGCAUAUUAUUGCUAUAUUAUUACUAAGUUUGCGGUUUAAGGAUCUUACUAUUGCACCUUUUCUUCUAUUCUAAUCAUUGACCAAAUUUGCCUAUAAAGUUACCAACUUUUUACUUCAUUACCAUUGGGAUCUUGCAUCCAGACUCAGAGACUCCCUUCUAUUAGUGUAUCAGAGCUGUGGUUGGUUUAAAAGAAUAUCAUCAUGUUCAAGUACUCGCCGCGUAGAAACCAACAGAGAAAUAAAGGUUUCAAGGUGAAGCAUGCUCUUCAGAUAUGUGUACUUGUCGGUGUUUGUAUCUGGCUGCUUUACCAGGUCCAGCACUCACGUAGCAAGAAAGCAUCUUUUGAACAAAACACAAGUGCCUCAGAGAAGGUACAAACUGACAAUGAUGUUAUAAGGUUUGGAAGGAAGGACCUCCUACCUCAAAAGAAGGAAGUAGAUAUUGAUGAUGAGAAGCUGAAGGAGGUGACAGAGGAAGAUGAGCUUAAGCGUUUUGAUGAUGACACCAAAGUGGAGGAGCAUGACCAUGAUCUAGAAAAAUCAGCGGAGGAUAGUGAGCAUAAAGGGGAUUCAGUGGAUGAGGAUAUAGGGACAGAAAAAAUCCAGGAGAAAGAAGUGGGUGGAGCAAAUGUUGAAGCAGAAAGCAAAGAGAACACUGAAGAUGGCAAAGGUGAGAGUAAUGAGGAAGCCACUGACACGAAUACCAACAACAGUGAAACUAAUGAAACCAGAGAAGAAGAUAGUGAAAAAGAUCAGGUAAAGCAAAGUGACAUUGAGGGUGAAGAAACUAAGGAUCAGGGAUUAGAAAAGGAAGUUAAGGAUGUUAAAGAGAACAAUGACAGUGAAAGUGAAGAGAAGGGAACUGAGGGAAAUGUUGAUGCGGGAACUGAUUUGAAAGAAGAGAAGGCACAAAGUGAAGAGGGUGGAAGUGAAGAAACCUCUAUAAAUAGAAGUGAAGAAGUAGUUGAAAAUGAAAGUGACAAGAAGUCGGUGGAAUUGGAAGAAAGUAAUGAAGGGAAAGUAAAAGAGAAUAACGAGAGCAGAGAAGAGAAGAAUGAGGGAUACAGCAGAGAGAUUGAUGAAGCCAGCAAAGAGAAGGAAGAGAAACAAGGCAAAACUGAAGAAUCUGGCUCAUCAGAAGAUAAGGUUCAUGAUGAGAUUGAUACGACUAAUGAGGCUUCAACAGUGGAAAGUGGCAAGGAAGAGAGGUCAUUGGUCAAAGAAACUUCAGAUUCUGAAAACAUGACUGGUACAGAAGGAGAUGGUAAUGUAGCCUUGAAUAAUGAGGAGGAAUCCAAGAAGGGAGUAGAUGAGUUGCAAGAAAAGAAAAAUAAGUUGGAUUCAGAUGCUGGAGAAAAUAAGAUGCUUGAACAAAAUAGCUCUGCAGAUACAAAUUCUGUUGGAGAAGUGAGUAAUGAAAGCAACACUGAGGGCAGUUCUAAUGCUGCAGCAGGAAACAAUGAAGCCACUAGCCAGCAGACAGAAACUGACAAUUCUGCCUCUGAAACCAUUCAAAAUGAAAACAACAGUAAUGAUAACUCCAAUCAAGCAGGAACAAAUGAAGCCAAUGAACAUCAGCAAGAAAAUGAUAACUCCGCAUCUCAUACCAUACAAAAUGAGAAUAACUCUAGUGAUAACUCAGAUCAUGCAGUAGGAACCAACAAAGCUAAUGAACAUCAGCAAGGAAAUGAGAACAACUCUAGUAAUGACUCCAAUCUGGCAGCAGAAACCAAUGAUGUCAAUAAGCAGCAGCAGGAACAGGAAAGUUCUGUUUCUGAUACCAAACACAAUGAGAAGAACUCUGGUGAAGACUCCAAUCUUGCAGAAGGAACCAAUGAAGCCAACAAACAGCAGCAGGAAAAUGAAAGUUCUGUCGCUCAUACUACACAAAAUGAGAACAACUCCGGCGAGGACUCCAAUCUUGCAGAAAGAACCAAUGAUGCCAACAAACAGCAGCAGGAAAAUGACAGUUCUGCCUCUCAAACCACACAAAAUGAGAACAACUCAAUUAAGGAAGCUGUUUCUGUCGGAGAUGGCACACAGAACGAUCCAAAUGAGCAGCAGUCUGAGAAAAAAGAUUCAAAUUCCUCGGCAGAUGAAGAAUCAGUAACAAGUUCAAAGGGGUCUGAUACAGUUGACCAAAAUGGAAACUCUGUAACAGCUGGUGCAACUGAGAAGUCAACAGGAGGUGGGAAUGAUCAAAAUGAGGCGAACCAGAAAUCAGAUACUAAUUCUGAUACAGGCUCUCACAAAAUAAAUCCCUCAAAUGACAAUGAUGAGACAGACCCCAAAUUAACUGAUUCUUCCACCUCAAAUAACAAACCUGAUGAUAACCAACAAAAACAAGUCGAGUCGACAGAUUAUGCGAUUCCUCGAGAACAGACAGAGGCUCGUACUGAUCUGGGAACAUUGCCACAGACAGGAAGCGAGGGGAACAGUCAUGAAGAAGCUACAGCAGAGUAACAUAGAUACGUAGUAGUAGUACUAUUUUUACGCCAAGGUUGUAUUCACAUUCUUUCUUCUUGCUGCCUUUUUCAAAGUCUUUUAAGGCAAAUAUGAAAGUGAGAUAACUUCGGUUUGCUUGCCUGUCGAUUCCGAAGAGCCAUCAUGCGACAAAUAUAUAGAUUGAUGUUGGGCAGAACUCAGUUACUUGUUCAUCUCUAUCCCAUAAACGUGUAUCUGCAUGUCUAAACAUGCAAUUUUUCGUGCAUUAUUAAUGAUAAAGGUUUUCUUCA